AUGUCUUGUAACUCUUGCUCUAAAGGAUUUUCCUUGCUGCGUUCAGAGAAAGGCUGUCCUUGCUGCGGAUUCAGUUAUUGCUCAAAAUGCUUAAACAACAAAAUCUUCCUACCAAAGCUUAAUUGCGAAGCAAAGGUAUGUGUGAAAUGCAAAAAUGCUACUAAUUCAACUGUAAAGACAAAUAUUGAUCCACCAGCUGCCUACUACAAAAGAAUUGGUAAUGUAGACAAUAAAAUAAGUAAUUUGGAUAGCAAAGAUCAGACUCUUGAUAUGGAAAUUAAAAACCGUUUACAAAAACUUAAAGAACCACAAAGUUCCACACAUUAUUCUGAUAGGGAUAUAGAGGCCCGAUUAAAAAAGUUAAAAGAUGUUCCGUCAAUAUCAGAAGCUGAUCUUGAACAACGAUUAGCUAAUAUAAAGGGAGUUUCAGUUGAAUCUAUGAAAAGUAAGCCAAUCACAAUUAAUCCAGAUCUAAGAACAGAAGAAGAACAGACUAAUGACUUAUUAAGACAAUAUAUGGCACAAUCAAACAUGGAUCAAAAUUAUGAAGAUGAGUUUAAUAAUAAAAUUUCUGAUAUUGAAUCAAGGUUACAGAAGUUAAAAGGAUCUACAACCACUGGUGUUACAGUACAAGAAACAAGCCCCCAUCAAGAUGAAGAAUCUGAGGAAUCAAUCAUAAAUAAAAUAAUUGAACAGGCGAAAAUUGAGUCCUUCGAUUCUGAGAACACUGCAUCAACAAAUGAUGAAUUGCCAUUUUGUGAAAUUUGCAAUGAAGAUGCAGUUAUGAGGUGUAUGGGUUGCAAGUAUCUAUUUUGCAAACAAUGUUUUAUUGAACAUAAAGAUGAAGACGAUGGCUGUGAUAAGUUUGAGCCAUAUACUGCUCCUAAAAAUAAUGUCUAUUGA